AGAGAGAGAUGCCGCUUGGGAAGUACCACUGUGAUUACUGUGACAAGGAGUUCUUGGACACACCGCCGGCGAGGAAGCGGCACUUGCAGGGCACUCAGCACAAGCGCGCCCGUGCCCUCUGGUACGAUUCCAUCAAAGCUGAUCCAGCUGGUGGGUUUGUUUUUUUGUUCAAUCCCAUGGAAACAUUCCUCAGGGUGUUUUGCCAUCACUUCGUUCGCACGGGAAUUUGCAAGUUUGGGGAUUCUUGCAAGUACUUUCACCCACAACACAAUGUUCUAAACCCAGCUCAGAAUGUUGCAGGGACAAGUAUUAUGAGGACAUUACAGCCACCUGUUUUUCCCAGCAAUCAACCGCCAGGAACUAAUCUUUCCUCUGGGAAUAGCAUUGGAGAUGCCGGAAUUUCCUGGGGAAACUUGCCGCCUUCUCUGAGACCUCCUCCGGAAGGUGGUUAUCCUCCAUUGCCUUUCAUCGACUGGGGAUAACUUCUAUUCCAAUGACGUCGUUUUAUGAGUUAAUUCUUCGAAGUGUUUCCCGACAACAAUGUAAUACAAAGUUAUGAGAUGAGUAUCAUGUAAUGACAUUUACAACAUUGAGAAUCAAAUAAGAGACAAAAUCAAAAGUACAUACAGAACUUGA